AUGUGCCUGAUCAGUGUCCCGUAUUCUCAUGCAGAUAGGCUGCAGCUCAGAGAACCGGUUCUGCCCGAGAACUACCGUUCCUUGGCAGUAGAUAACCUGCACAAAACCAGAGGCAGAGGGGUCGCCGAGGCAAAGAGUGGUCUGCGGGCGGACCCACAGUCGGAGGCAGCGUGUUUCCACGUACCUAAAGGACAUGUCUGGCUAGAAGGUGAUAAUCUCAGGAAUUCUACAGAUUCCAGGUGCUAUGGACCUGUUCCUUAUGGACUGAUAAGGGGACGCAUUUGUUUUAAGAUAUGGCCUCUCAAUGAUUUUGGAUUUCUACGUGCAAGUCCCAAUGCCAAUAGAUUUCUUGAUGACUGA